AUGCCAUUUGGUCAGAUUGUGAUAGGACCGCCUGGAUCGGGCAAGUCAACUUAUUGUAAUGGGUGUCAUCAGUUUUUUAACGCAGUCGGCCGACAUGUUCAAGUAGUGAAUAUGGACCCGGCGAACGAUCGAUUGUCAUACCCUUGUUCAGUGGAUAUUCGAGACUUUAUUACUUUGGAAGAGAUCAUGCAGCAACAGCAAUUGGGCCCGAAUGGUGGACUAAUGUAUGCGGUUGAGUCUUUGGACCAGUCUCUCGAUUUAUUUGUCUUGCAGGUCAAAUCGUUGGUACAGGAAGAGAGGGCUUAUGUCGUGUUUGAUUGCCCUGGGCAGGUUGAAUUGUUUACACAUCAUUCUUCACUGUUCCAUAUAUUUAAGAGACUAGAAAAAGAGCUUUCCCUAAGGUUUUGUGUGGUCAAUUUGACAGACUGUUACUAUAUCACUUCACCCUCACAGUACGUCUCUGUGGUUUUGCUUGCACUGCGUUCCAUGCUUAUGAUGGAUCUGCCGCAGAUUAACGUGUUCUCCAAGAUCGAUCUGCUCAAAUCGUAUGGUGAAUUGCCCUUCAGGCUUGAUUACUACACAGAAGUGCAGGACUUGGAGUAUUUACAACCAUACAUCGAGCAAGAGAGUUCGGGAGUACUCGCGAAGAAAUACCAGAGGCUCACCGAAGUCAUUAGUGAGAUGGUUGCUGAUUUCAACCUCGUUUCCUUCGAAGUUUUGUGCGUUGACGACAAAGAAAGUAUGAUUAACUUGCAAAGCGUCGUGGACAAGGCGAAUGGCUACAUCUUUGGUGCUUCAGAGAUUGGAGGCGAUACUGUAUGGGCAGAAGCCACACGAGAAGGUGCCAUGCUGGCGAAUUACGAUAUUCAAGACCGCUGGAUCGAUAACAAGGAAAUGUACGACAAGAUCGAGCUCGAACAACAAAAAAAACUAAUCGAAGAAAGAAAACAACAGGAAAAGGAGAUUGAUGUGGAUAAGGAUGACGAGUGGGAAAGGGCAUUAAAAGACUGGGAAGAGAAACAAGGCGUGAACUACGUGAAAUGA